AUGACACCUCCAGCCAACAUCAACCCUAGCGGCAUUCAGGCUCACUUAGCCACUUAUCAGGGCGACAAUUAUGUUGAGGGAUGGGCGUCCCUCUGGGAAAAAGGCGACGACUUGCCCUGGGAUCGUGGAUUUCCCAAUCCUGCUUUAGAGGACACACUGGUUGAACGCGCGGGCACUGUCGGCCGGCCACUCGCACAGAGACCAGAUGGAAGUUCCUACAGGAGGAAAGCUCUGGUUCCGGGAUGUGGUCGAGGUGUGGACGUGCUUUUACUGGCAAGCUUUGGAUAUGAUGCUUAUGGUUUGGAAUAUAGCCCCGGGGCGAUCGAGGCUUGCAAAAAGGAAGAAGCAGCGAGUGAGAAGGAAUACCAGGUGCGGGACCCGUCUAUCGGCAAGGGGAAAGUCACCUGGGUUCAAGGCGACUUUUUCGACGACGCCUGGCUGAAGGCGAUUGAUGUACCUCGAAACGGGUUUGACAUCAUUUACGAUUACACAUUCUUCUGCGCUUUGAGUCCCGAUUUACGUCCCAAAUGGGCACUUCGGCACACCGAGCUCCUGGCUCCAUCUCCUGCAGGAAAUUUGAUCUGUCUGGAGUUCCCCCGCCAUAAGGACCCUCUCGCCCCUGGUCCUCCUUUCGCUUCCCCUUCAGAGGCAUAUAUGGAGCACCUGAGUCACCCAGGAGAAAAGAUUGUCUACAAUGACAAGGGUCUUGUCAAGGCCGACCCUCUAAGGGAACCAAGCGAAGCCGGCUUGGAGCGAGUUGCUCACUGGCAGCCAGCACGAACGCAUACCGUGGGCCAAGGAGAUAACGGCGUCAUUCAUGACAGGGUGUCGAUCUGGCGACGACGUACCUAG